AUGGUCGUCUCAGGAGAGGACGGGGGGACGCAGGUCAGGACGCAGCUGCCCCUUAGGCUCUGCUGGGCAAUUACGAUGCACAAGUCCCAGGGGCAGACUUUAGCCAAGGCCGUCAUUGACUUGGGGCCCAAGGAGGCCUGCACGGGGCUUACUUUCGUCUGUCUCAGUAGGGCGAAGAGACUUGUGGACCUCAUGGUAGAGCCCAUGAGUUUCGACAGGAUUGGUAACCUUGGAAAUUCGCCGACGAUGAAGGCUAGGCUGCAGGAAGAGGGAGCUGAGAGUUUUAUGGCCUCUUGGCACAAGGGCGAGGAGAAGGCCAGCCGACAACGAGCCAUCAAACGAGGAGACAGCGGGCCCAAAAAAAGUCUAGAUACGGCACCAAUCAACGGGGCGGGAGGGGGGCGGGAGGAAAGGGCGCGGGAAGAAAGCAAGCGAAAAGAGACCGACCGCGUGACGUGACAUGUUGCGGUUGAAUUUCAGCGACUAGUUUUUCUGUUGCCCUCUCCCCCGUUUGCUGUCGCGUUCAGACUGUCUCUUCGGAUAUCCCUGUCUCUGUGCGAGUUUGUUUGUGUCAUCGUCUGUCUUUGGUUUAUUUCGUUUUUGUUUUGUUUUUUUGCUGGCACGUACUGUUGACCCUUGGGGUCCUUCCGGAAGGCUACCCCCCAGGCUGGUGGUGCGCACGUUCCACUAUUUACUUAUUUAUUUGUUUCUGAUUCUUUUGUUCUCUUGUACUUUAUCGCUCUGCUAACCCUUGGGGUUCAGUUUAUUUUGGUAUAACUUUUCUAGGUACGGUCACUACGGUGUGCUGCUUGGGAAAUCGUGGAAAAACGGUCAUUUCGCUGACGCUAUGGAUUAAUUUCCAAUAUACAGUGUCUUUGACUAUUUUCUUCGAUAGAGAUGGACUCGUUGGGUCAUACUGACGAAAUCAAAACAAAAAGCCGGUGCUUCUUGUAAAUUCGUUUGGUGUGUUGGAAGGAUCGAGUCAGCAAGGUUGUGGGAUAUGUUGAAUUAUAUUGAAAGCAAACGUUUUCAUUGGCCAACCAUUUCUGCUAGCAUUUAACCGUUGACUCUUUGUACACCUUGGUGAGUUGGACUGUUGUCCGCGUGUAGCGUGUGAGGGUUCUUCACGAUACGCGUGGUCCAACGUUCCCACAGAUGUUUUUCGAAUACCUGUUAGUACAAUAAUGGCACGAAGAGGGGCUUCUUUUUCCAAUUUAGGCGGUACAAAGGUGUGGUUGGAAUGUUCUGUUUUUCCACGAUUUCCCAAGCAGCACACCGUAGUGAUGUCUCCCCCCUAGGUAAACGGUUUACAAGACAGUUUUGUAGCCGUCUCGUGUAUCUAUCUUUGUGUUACGCUAAAAAGGUGUGGAGGGAACAGGUUGGGUAGUUGGUUCAUCUGGUGUGUGAAUAUGGGCACGGUGUGCAUUUGACAAAGCCGGACUCGUCAGGUUUUUGCGCACGUAGCAAUGUGUCGUUGUUUCAAUGUGUAGGGGGUCACGCGAGAACAUAUUUACUCCCCCCGUUUUGUUCUGAGUCAUGAUAUUCAUGGAUGGGUUGGUAUAAAAUGGGCUUAUUAUGUAGACCAUAGAGGACGUACACAACGGCAGGUAAUGUGGUGAGCCGUAGCUCGUUCUUAUUUGUGCCGUUAGCAGGUAAUGUGGUGGUGAGUUCAACAGCAGCAUCAGUCCCGAAGAAAAACAAUGAAC